GUGACGCUCCCUGCCCUUGCCGGGGAUUGAGCUCACCGUGACGCUCCCGGCAGAGCUCCUGGCCCGUGCCGGGGAUGGAGCUCACCGUGACGCUCCCGGCAGAGCUCCUGGCCCGUGCCGGGAUUGAGCUCACCGUGACGCUCCCGGCAGAGCUCCCCGCCCGCGCUCUGCGCCGCCGGCCGCACCCAGGACCUGGACGCCCUCCUGGGCGUCAUCGACGGCGCCGAGGCGUUCGUGGAUGUGGCGGUGAUGAGUUACCUGCCCGGCACCGAGUUCUCGCGGCCGGAGCGGUUCUGGCCGGCCAUCGACGACCGGCUGCGCCGCGCCGUGGUGGAGCGCGGCGUGCGGCUGCGGCUGCUGGCGGGGUGCUGGCGGCACAGCCGCGCCGCCAUGUUCCCCUUCCUCAGGUCGCUGGCCGCCGUCGGCGACAACGCCACGCGGUACCACGUGGAGGUGCGCCUGUUCCUGGUGCCGGCCAGCGCCGCUCAGAGCCGCAUCCCCUUCGCCCGCGUCAACCACAACAAGUACAUGGUGACGGACAAGGCGGCCUACGUGGGCACCUCCAACUGGUCCGGGGAUUACUUCGAGCGCACGGCGGGCUCGGCGCUGGUGGUGGCGCAGCCCGGGCCGGGAGGAGCGGGGACGUUCCGGGAGCGGCUCCGGGACGUGUUCGAGCGGGACUGGAGCUCCGCGUACAGCGUGGACAUCGGCGACGUCCAGAGCUGGGCCAGCCGCUGCGGGCCCCGGUAGCACCGGGGGGACCCCGCGGCGGGCGGCUUUUUUGGGGGGAAAAACAAGAGAAAUGGGUUUUCUGGA